AUUGAUACAAUUAUUCUUUUUAUGGAUAUACAUUAACCGGUGGUUCUUUAGAAGCUAAUGCUAACCUGAAUAUUGCUUGGGAUUUACGGAAUUCGGAAUAAAACGUAUUUUAAAAAUGGCAGAAAGGUUUACAGUGAAUGUAAGUGGACGUAAAUUCGAAAUAAGUCGAAAUUUGCUUGAGAAAUAUCCCGAAAGUACGUUAACAAAAAUGUGUUUCGCUACGGGUGAAAAUGAAGAAAUUUUCUUGGAAAGACCUUUAUCAGCUUUUGAAGCCAUCUUGGAAUUUUACCAAACUGGUGAUCUCCACAUCCCAGAAUCCAGGUGCUAUAGCGGUUUUACUGAAGAAAUUAAAUUCUGGGGAUUUUGUGAGUCGGAUAUUUCGACAUGCUGUCAAAGAAAACUGGCAUCUUUUCGUUCUGGACAGAGAGAUUUAAACGAAUAUGACAAAUAUGAAAUGACUUAUACUAAUUAUUCAAUAAGGGGGUCGUCCUGCUGUGGUUUUAUAUCGGGAAAAUGGAGAUCUAUCACCUGGAACCUGUUAGAUAACUGUAGUUAUAAUAUAUUCGCCAAGGUGUUAUACGUGAUCUCCAUCUUGGUAGUUCUGACGUCAACAAUCACUACAGUCUUACUGACGCAUGUCAUAUUUGACGAACACCUGAGCCCGGAAGGAUGGAAAUUAUACUUCGGUGAUACCUACGAAGAUCACAAACAUAUUGUGGACUUCAUAAUUCAGCUACACAACGGUGGCACCCGAAACUAUUCUGCUUUUAACAUCACGAAAGAAGAACUGGAUGAAUUUCCCACCGAGUUUCGAGUUAAAAACAUACCAUUAACACUGACUAGAUACUGUUGUACGGCGUUCUUUACAGUUGAAUUAAUUCUUCGACUAGUUUUCUGUCCGAGUUUAAAGUUGUUUUUCAAGUUCGCAUUGAAUAUAAUAGAUGUUUUAGCGGUUAUCGUGGCCUAUGUGGACAUUUGCCUUAAUCAGAUAUCGCAAAAAGAAGAAUACUCAUCUAAUUAUUUUGAUUUUAUUCAGCUAUUACAGGUCCUUCGAGUUUUACGACUUUUUCGUUUGACCAGAAAUAUUACAGGAGCCCGCGUUCUAGUUUUUGCCGUCAAAAACUCGGUGAAAGAAUUGUUUUUCAUGUUUAUUUUACUAAGCAUCAAUGCUGUUCUUUUCGCCACUUUAGUUUAUUGUUUCGAUGAUAAUUUUGGCAAUCUUUCCUACGCGAUAUGGUGGGCUUUCAUUACCAUGACAACCGUGGGCUAUGGUGACGUGGUACCUAACAGCACAGGUGGGCGUGUAGUGGGAGUGGUUUGUGCAUCUACGGGAAUUGUUCUGAUAGCCUUAACCAUACCCCUAUUUGUUAAUAAUUUUCUGGCCAUUUAUACAUUUGCACAAUCUAAAGAGCUCGUGGAGAAAGAUAAAAUGAAGAUUCACCCAAAGGACUACAGAUCUACAGAAAAAGAAAAUGGCUAAGUCUUCG